AUGGGCUGCGGCGGAAGCCGAGCCGAUGCUAUCGAGCCGCGCUACUACGAGAGCUGGACGCGGGAGACCGAGUCUACUUGGCUAACCAACACCGACGCCGAGCCCCAGCAGCCGCUUCCCGCCGUCGGCCCAGAGAACGGCAACGCAGAGGUUGGCCUAAGGGACCCGGGAAUUUUAGAAGAUAGCAAAUCAACUCAGACCUGUACCGGAAAGUCCUCAGCUGCAAGUGGAAUAGGUAGUGCUGAAAAGAGAACUCACUGUGGUACACAGUGUACAAAAUUGUCAAUUCACACUACUGGAACUUCGGCACAGAAACAACAAAAUGGCUUUAGGACCACAGAGGCUAAAUGGGACAACAAGAAAAAAGCCACAAAAGAAGUCACUAUUAAUUCCACCAAAACAAUCAGACAAAUUAAUAACAGAAGAAUUACAAAGAACUGUGUCAAUUAAAAGAGCCAAAGGAGAAUGUGAACGAAUUCUGCAAUAUUUUGCUGCACUUUAACAGAUUACUUAAUGUGAAGAGCUCAAGGUGUUUUACUUUCAAAGUGAAUGUGGUGGCUAUCUGCUGCUGAGUGCCUUUGGAAAAACUGUCAACUCUCCUUGUUCUAAACUGCUGCCAACAUUGAAUGCUUGGACACUUCUUUUUGUUCUGUAUUGCCAUUCAGGUAAGGCUGGGCCAGCAAUUAGCACAUCUUGGCUUGGUGUUUUACAUUGCCACUUAAGUAGUUUCACAUAAAAAUGUAAAUCAAACUAUUUCAGAAACAUUCAAAAGUACCCUUUACAAAUUGAAUCUGUGACACCUGAUUUUAGGUACAUGGAAGUUGAGAGGUCAUAUAAUCAUUCUGUGGUUGUCACUUAGCUCAAUUCAGUUUGCACAUUUAAUACUUAGCAUCCUAAUCCUAAAGAUGUUCAGUACAAUGACUGUGUAAUAUGGACUGGCAUCUUUUGUUUUAUACCCCAGUGGCAUGCUGGGUAAGCCAUGUAAUCACAGCCUGAUUUGCUAUACCGUGUGAGAACUACUACAGAUCAGAUGACCAAGGUUUCUGUCAGCAGAGAUAAAUUUUAUGGUAGCUGAAAUACACAUAAGGGCAUUGUACCCCAAUUUUGUCCACAUCUGUGCCACGUAGUACCUUUGCACUGUAUUGCAAUUAUAAUCUGGCUAUGAAGCCUGCUGUUUCUGCAGUUUAAUCUUCUUGACCUAGCCUACCAAUUUGACAGGAAUGCCGAACAUGCCCCCACCACACUCAUCAGAUCAAUAAUCUAUGUGUUGGGAGGGUAGAAAAUUGGGGCACAGAACUGGUGGGCCCCCGCUGUUAAAAGCUUGCUGGGCUGGAUCUGGUCUGUGGGCUGGGAGUUCACUUCUCCUGCUGUAAUGGAAUUGAUCCAUUGAGUUGAUACAAUAUGGUGUCAUAUAAGAGGCACAACUCAACCACUCAUUACGUUAAGCAUGGCUAACGUUGGCCCUUCAAAUGCUAUUGGACUACAGUUCCCAUCAUCCAUUAUGUUGGCUGGCGCUGAUGGGAGCUGGGUUUCUAACAAUAUCUGGAGACCCACAGGUCAACCACCCCUGCAUUAGGUUAUUACAUACCACAUUGCUGGUACAAGAGGUUGUGCUAGUGAACCAUAAAGCCUUCACACCAAUACCUUUUGAUAAUACGUUGUCUAACAGAAAGUGUAAAUUCAGCAGUGCCCGUUCAUAAUUGAA